UCAUCUGUCAUUUUACAUAUAUAUAAUAAUACUGCAAUAUUUUUUAUUUUUGCUAUUUAUUCGUGUGAGAAUUAGAGUCAUUGACUGACGAUAUGACUUGACUGUCAUUUAACUGCGCUUUGUCAUUUUUGUUGGAUUAAGUGUAAAGAAAAUAGACAAUCCAAACAUGGGAAACAUAGUAAGAUCCUACAUUACCAUGUCCCGGCAACUAUCAUCUUAUGGUCGUUAUGAGAAGGCCUUCGAACUUUACGUUCUGGCAUUUAAUAGAUAUCCCAGUAUCAAAACCAUGUUCGAGUCAGAAUUUCGGAUUGUACUUAACAGGGUAAAUGAGACAUUAGCCAGUUUUGGUAAACUUGACGAAGUAUUUGCAAAUUUUGGCAUUGCCAUGAAUAUUUUUCCUGAAAAUAUUUAUCUCCUAAAUGACAUUGGCAAAUUCCUGUACAAAUUCGAAUAUUACACUGUGGCAUGGUGUCAUUUCCAGAAUGCUUUAAAAAUUGAUUCUGGAUUUGUUGAUGCUGAAAGAAACCUAAAUUCUGUUAAAAACCUAAUGGUUGAAAGAUGGCACUUCAGAAUGCUUAAUGAUAAAAUUCGGAAUGAGGCAUAUCAUGCAGCCAUCCAAGAGACAGUUAUACCCGCUCAGGACAGUGUGCUUGAUAUUGGUACUGGAUCUGGGCUGCUAGCCCUCUACGCCAAUGAGUGCACUCCUUUAGCCAUAACUGCCUGUGAAGGAUCCGAUGUUAUGGCAAAUCUUGCUCAAGUUAUUAUGGCAGAAAAUCAAGCCCAGGAAGUGGUAAUAAUCAAUAAAAUGUCUACAGAUAUGGAUUCCAAAGAAAUUGGAGGGAGGACGUGUUUGUUAGUAACGGAGGUGUUUGACUCGGGAUUGCUUGGUGAACAUGUGUUACAAUCUUUAUCUCAUGCCUGGGAUAAUCUGAUAGCUGAUUCAGGAAAAGUAAUUCCUCACAGUGCAGAAUUCUUUGUAAUGGGUGCCAAGUGUGACCAUCUCUAUAUGAAAUACCAAUUGAGGCAAUCGGCCAAAAGUUUGCUGAAAAUCCCAAAGAUGGCCGUUCAUACAUUGACAUUUGGUGAUACUUAUGAUUGUACAGAUAUGUCUGUAUUUAAAGAUGUUACAUAUAUGACGGAAGCACAUUUAGUGUUAAAAAUAGAUUUUAAUAAUGCUGAUGACAUACAGCAAGUGCUCCAGCAGCAAGAGCCUGUAUUGGUGCCUCUGAGAGCCACUCAGACUGGUGAAAUCAACAUCAUCAUUGGCUGGUUUAACUUGCACUUGACUAAGAACAUUAUGAUUACUACAGAUCCAAAAUCAGAGAACAGAGCAAAUGCUUGGCAACAAGCAGUCUUUUUAGAUUUUGUUUCUCAUCAUAUUGAACAAAAUGAAAUCCUUGAAACCCAGUUCUUAAUAAAUGAAGGUAAAAUGACUUUACUGUCGGAUAACCUGGAGCAUGUUACAAGAGUUUCACCGGAAACACUCAGAUUCUUGAAUGAUAUAGAGUACACUAACAAAAUAAAAGAUUGUAUUGCUAUGGCCUGUGUUUAUUUAGGACAGUUGUUAGAUAUGUCACAGAUUGAUGUUGCAGACUUGUGCCCCUUUCCUCUGUUUGGCUUGUUCAUGUUGCAGCGUGGUGCAAGAUCCUUGGUUUGUUAUGCAAAAUCUCCAAGUGAUAAGAAGUUUUUCAAGAAAGUAUUUAAGGCUAACAAGAUACCAGAAUCUAAAGUCAAAUUGUUACUGGAAGGUGAACUGACUGUUGAUUCUUUUGCCAAGGAGAAGUAUCAUGCGAUAUUCUGCAAUAUUUUUGAACUAUGUGGUGACAUAGAUUUAAACCGACAAGAAUUAUGUCAUCACCUUAAAGAAAAUAAUCUGCACCCUGCAUGUCUGUUCAUACCGGCCACGGUGCAGCUGAUGGGGCAGCUGGUGGACAGCCCCUGGCUGGACAGGCAGAACAGAGUUUAUGACGAAAAUGUUAGUAAUUAUAAAAUUGCAAUGCAUUUGAACAAGUUCCAAGUAUCACAGAACUAUUGUCUUGACUUGACAACUAUGGAUUUUACUGUACUGUCAGCUCCUAUGAUUGUAGCGACGGUUACUAAUACAAUGGUGUCAGGUGUGGUGAAUGUUCCCAUUGUAAAUGAUGGCAAUGCUAAUGCAAUAUUGUGUUGGUAUAGUAUAGUGCUAGUGAAGGACAUGGGAGACAUACAAACCAACAGGAGUGACAGUUUCAUAGAAAGUAUGGCAUUUCUAGCAGACCCCGCAUUACCCGCGGUUCGAGGUGGCUCAGCUAAUAUUUUACGAUGUGUGGACUGUAAUGGAUCAUUUAAACUGAUGAUUGAUAUAGAUAUUACUUAAAAUUGUUUCUGAAUUAUUGAAGUGUUUUU